CAAGGCAACACGAGACAGAAAGCACCUGAUAGUCACACCGACCCGCAGCCAUCAUGCCCCGCUGCAAAGUCAGCCUAAGCACCAUGAUUUUCCUGGUGAUCCUGCAGGGGGCAGCAGUGGUGCUGUUCUGUGGCUGGUACGUCCAGCUCAGUCAGUGCGACGCCACCAACCCCAACACCAAAGUUCACGUUCUGCUGCUGUCGUCCUGGCGAUCAGGCUCCUCCUUCCUCGGUCAGGUGUUCAGUCAGCACCCGUCUGUCUUCUACCUCAUGGAGCCGUCUUGGCAUGUGUGGUCCAAACUGCAGAAAUCGGGGGCGCGGUCGCUCCGGAUGGCGGUGAGGGAUCUGUUCCGGAGUGUGUUUCAGUGCGACUUCUCAGUGAUGGAGGCGUACCUUCCGGAGCAGUGCAAUAUCUCCUCCUUGUUCAUGUGGAGUCACAGUCGAGCGCUGUGCUCGCCACCGGCCUGUCCUCUCACGCCGCGCAAUGAGUUCAGCAACCAGACCCAGUGUUCGCAGACCUGUGGAGCCAGGGGCCUGCAGGGGGCGGAGGACGCCUGUGGCACUUACAGCCACGUGGUGUUAAAAGAAGUGCGUUUUUUUGAGCUGGAAUCCCUCUACCCACUUCUGCAGGACCCAAACUUAGAUCUCCGCAUCAUCCACCUGGUCCGGGACCCACGGGCUGUGGUGCGGUCCAGAGAGGCCUCGUCCAAGGCCUUCAUGAGCGAUAACGCCAUCGUUUUGGAGCAAAGAAACAUACCAGCAGCUGAGGUGCAGUAUCAAGUCAUACAGGAGAUCUGCCGCAGCCAUGUGCGCAUCAACGAGAGGGCCACCCUGAAGCCCCCUCCAUUUCUGAAAGGCCGCUACAAAAUGGUGCGAUACGAGGACGUGGCACGCAACCCACUGGAGGAAAUAAGUGCCUUGUACGACUUCAUAGGUCUGGACAUGACCAGGCAGCUCGAGGACUGGAUCUACAGAGUGACCCACGGAAAAGGAAAAGGCUCCAAGAAAGAUGCCUUCAAAAUCACGUCACGAAACGCAGCCGACAUCUCCCAGGCUUGGCGAACGCUGCUGCCUCACAGCAAGGUCAAACGUGUGCAGGAAGUGUGUAAAGGUGCCAUGACGUUGCUCGGGUAUCGAACAGUUGACAGUGAGAAAGAACAAAAGCGACUCGACAUAAAUCUGCUGGUGCCACAGGAACCGUACCAGUUCAGCUGGUUACCAGCGAAAACAGAGCGUCCGAGCGACAGCUGAAAAAUGAGAGGACACAGGACUGAGGUCGACAGACUGCAUCAUGUGACGAUAGAUUUUAUAAAAAAAGAAAAACAGAGACGCUGAUUCAAGGGGUAGAAAAUACUUGAUCCUGCAAAAGUGGGUCUAGAACUGAAAACCUCAGAAGACGGCUGACGUUGGGUUUUUCUCUGAGCUGUUUAUAAAACUCAGCAUCGUCUGAAGUGAAGAUCAGGUUUGUAGCCGUUUAACUUCUUAGGUCACUGAUAUGUUUUAAAACUAAAACCAUCUCCGCCCCAAAAAGUGUUUCAGCUCCAUAUCUGGAAUAAUCUCCAUCCUCCCGACAACACACGUCACAUGACCGUUCACACGCACCGCUCACUCGGACGUUGGUGUUCUCACAUACAACCUGCAUGACAGAGGAAACAUUCUCCAUAUUCUCAGUCACUCUAACCUCGAACUCACUUUAAUCAACCCGAUGACUUAAAGGAAAAAUCUUUGAGUUUAAAGCUGCGCAGAGAAAAACAAACUCUUAUUUUCACAAGUGAGUCUCCAGCUGAAACUCGAGAAUGAAGAAGUUUCCACAAACGAAUGAGACGGAUCAGAUCGAAGUGUCACUCGUGGCGUCAGGACGUUUCUCUGGUUUAACAUGAAAACACGAUCAGAGUCUGUGUUCAGUUUAACGUCAUCAACGUUUCCUUCAGCUGAUCAACUGGGACUUUGCUUCCUGGAUGUCUUUAUCUCUUUAUUCUCUUUUGUUCUUAUUUUAAUGAUUGAUGGGUUAAUAACUAAUCGCACUGAUGACAGUAAAUAUCUGGUGUCCUGAGUAGAGUUCGAGUCGAGUGAAAUGUUCAAUCAUUUACAUCUUCGACUCAAAGAUGAACUCCUGUUAUUAGUUGGUGUUUAGAUUCUCUGGGAGCUUUCUCUUCUUUUAAAUAUCACAUGUCAGAAAUGUUUUAAUGUUCAAACCAUAACUCUGCUCCUCUGGUGAUCACUCGUCUGUAUCUACUGAAGCUGUCGAUGAAAUCUUUGUGUUUGUGAACAACACUUAUACACUCCAUUUUGAAUGUGAUCGUUAUGAAUUGGUUUCGUUUGUUUCCUGACAUCAGCCUCAGCGCCGUG